AGGGUCGCUGGGGAGAGCCUGGGUUCCCCAGCUCUGCUCCCUAGUGCCACCCUGUACCACCAGCCCUGGCUCUUUGCCUGCCUGGACCCUUCCCCAGUGGAUCCUAUUGCCAUCCCAGUUCUCGCCAGCAUGGGGCUACCACCUGCUUUUCCUGGCGUUCCCCUGCAGAGGUUUCAGCCUGUGCCUGCCUCAGGACCAGGUGGGACAGGCCAUGGAGGGGAAUGGUCCCAGGACCACCUUUGUGGCCACCAUCACCUGUCCUGGUGAAAACUGUGCCUUUCUGCAGCCGGAGACUGUAGCACCCAUGGGACAGGGCACCCAAGGGUGUCCCUGGGAACUGCCUGGGAGGGUGACAGUGACGUGUCCCCAUCUGUCCUUCCCCCAGGUCCUGUGCCGGGGGCUGGUGCCCAGCGCAUUAACUGUCCCGGCACAGGGCAGCACCGGCCUCAUCUUACAAAGGGGGAGAGCAAAGCCCAGGGGGCUGAACAAUAUCCCCGCUGCCGGGAAUAGCUGCCGGCUCUGCCUGCUGGCCCCACGUGAGGCCAGCCCUGCUGCCAGGCUGCCCGUGCGCAGUGGGGGAGCCUGGGCAGCCACCGGGUCCCUGGCAGGGCUGCUCGAGACGCUCUGCACCUGAGGUCAUUCUCCAAAGUGGCUCAGAGGGACCGUGGCUCCCAGCAUCACAUGCUGCCUGCUACUGGCUGAGAGCGCUGCCGGGAGCCAGGGCCGGGUGCUCCCUGCCUGCGGUGGUGAGGAGGAGAUGCUGCAUCCUGCACAGGGCUGUGCACCACAGACUGACAUGGAGCUGGACGUGCAACGGGCCAAGGAGCUCAUUGAGCAGAAGCUGGCAGAGGAGGAGGAGGAAGAGAAGCAACUCAAAGGGAAUGCUGCACGGGAGCCACUGGCUGUGGAACGCAUGAGCACGCCUGAGCUGGAGGAGGAGAAACGCCGUGGCCCCAGGAACCGAGGCAUCGAGGCUGUCAAGGGCCAGGAGCGGGUGCGGAAGAGCUCGGUGGACCUGCGGCGGGAGAUCAUCGAUGUGGGGAGCAUCCAGCGCCUCAUUGAGCUCCGCAAGCUGCGCCGGCAGCGCCGGGAGGAGCGGGCAGCCACCCCUGAACCCCCCCCGCCGCCUGAGCCCCUGGAGAUUGAGGGUCCUGUGGAGCCGGAGACCUUCCUGCGAGCUGCUGUCCAGGGCAAGAUGCAUGUCAUCGAGAAGUUUCUGGCAGAUGGUGGCUCCCCUGACACGUGUGAUGAGUUCCACCGCACGGCUUUGCACCGCUCCUCGCUGGAGGGACACACGGACAUCCUGCAGAAGCUGCUGGACAGCGGGGCCACCGUUGACUUCAGGGACCGGCUGGACUGCACCGCCGUGCACUGGGCCUGCCGGGGUGGGCACCUGGAUGCUGUCAAGCUGCUGCAGGACCAUGGGGCAGACCUCAACCUGAAGGACAAGCUGCUCAGCACCCCUCUCCACGUGGCCACCCGGACUGGGCACCCUGAUGUUGUGGAGCACCUCAUCCACUGCGGGGUGAACAUCAACUCCCCAGACAGGGAAGGGGACACAGCGCUGCACGAUGCCACACGGCUCAGCCGCUACAAGAUCAUCAAAAUGCUACUCCUGCACGGGGCUGACAUGAUGGCUAAGAACCAGGCUGGCAAGACCCCGACAGACCUGGUGCAGCAGUGGCAGGUGGACACACGCCAGGCACUGGAGACCAAGGAGCAGCCGCAGGGGGAGAUGGAGGUCCCUGCGUGAUGGCGCCAGGCAGGGACCAGGGACCGGGCUCUGCUCCAAGGAGCAGGAUCCAACCAAGACUUGCCUGUGUCAAUAAAAGCCAGCA